AUAUAAACGUUAAAUUACAAUUAGGUUAUGUAAACUAAUGUAGUUAAUAAAUUUUAUUGAAUCUCUUAAAAUUAAAAAGAAAAAAACUUAAACAGAAAAAAAACGAUGGCGUUCCGAAGAAUUCUGAACCCUAGGCCGCUGAACCAAAUACGUCAAUAUUGCGUUAAAAAACAAGGGGAAAAUAAAGCAACAACAGAUAACCCGGUAAAAAUGGAUAUUGCUCCGAUUUUCAGCAGGGACGGGGAUACCGGGACUUCCAAAACCAUUAUGGGGGAAUCACUGCCAAAAGACAGUCCCGUUUUUAAUGCCAUAGGGGCCACAGAGGAACUGCUAAGUUAUUUAGGUUUGGCCAGAGAACACGCCAAUGAAUCUGAACAUGAAUACACUGACAAAUUGAAAAGAAUUCAAACCAUUAUUAUUGAUAUCAGUACAGCCAUUUCACGCAAUAAUAAAAUGGCCAUCACACCUGUAUAUACCAAAGAAUUAGAAGAUUGGAUAUCUGAUUAUGCUAAGCAGUUACCACCUGCAGAACAGUAUAUUAUACCGGGCGGUGGUGUGGCAAGUGCCUCGCUACAUGUAGCAAGAGCGAUUUGUCGAAAAACAGAAAGAGUCAUAUGCCCCCUGGUGAGAGAAAAGAAACUCGACAAGGAGGCUCUUGUAUAUCUAAAUAGACUCUCGGACUUUUUACUAACAGUUUCCAGGAUAGCCGCUAAACACGAUCAAAGGGUGGAAAGCAUCUACAUUCCUAAACCCGAUGAAAAAGUGCAGGCACAGGAGUUGCAUGUUAGAAGAUGGUAGGGAUAUAUGCCAUAUUUUGUCAAUUGUGUAUAUUAUAUACAGACUCUGUACACUUUUAUACCAGUAAGAGUAGCUCAACUUUUUGGAGAGGAUGUUUUUUAAUUAACACAUAUUACAUUAUUAAAUGUUUGUUACAGUUAAA